CGAACAGGUCUCUUAGAUAACAUGUCAAAAAUAUUCUAUUUAUUUUCUUUUCUCUGCAUUCUCCUCAUAUAUUUUGUAUUUUAUUGAAAUUGAAUAAAUUUAAAUGAAACUUACAGCGUUUUGUAAAUCAAUCCUAAUCGGAAUACCUGUAGGCAUUACAUUUUUCGAUUGUGUUGGCUAUGUUGCCAGAGUAGAGGGAAUUUCCAUGCAACCAACUUUAAAUCCUGACGCCAGUAAAACCGAUUACGUAUUUUUAUCACGAUGGGCAGUAAGAAAUCACGAUGUGGAGCGCGGUGACAUCGUCUCCCUCAUAUCGCCAAAAGACCCCGAUCAAAAAAUAAUAAAGAGAAUCGUUGGCUUAGAAGGCGAUGUUGUUUCAACGCUUGGCUAUAAGACGGAUGUUGUUCGAAUACCCGAAGGACAUUGCUGGGUUGAAGGUGAUCAUAUGGGCAAUUCAUUGGAUAGCAAUACAUUUGGGCCCGUGUCGUUGGGACUGAUGACAGCACGUGCCACUUAUAUUGUUUGGCCUCCGUCAAGGUGGCAAAGUUUGCCGGCAGAUCUCCCCAAGCCAAGACGACCCCUAUCAUCGUCUUCCAAACGAUAUUCCCAUCUGCAAGCCCAUUGAUGACAAUACUUACUGAUGGUUAGGACAAAAUUUAAAGUUAUAGUAGAAAGAGGAAAUAUAAACGAAAAAACUUAAGAUUUA